AUGGCGCAACAGCCAAAGAUGCAUUAUCUCUCUCUCAAUCCCGCAGGAAAACCGCGGCCCAAAAUGACAAAUUCCUCCGCCGUCACAACCCUAUUCCGCUGCCUCGAACUCCCCACCACAGGCUCCGACCCGGCCGACCGGUCGCUGCCGAACCUAUCAAGUGAAGAGCAGUCGUUACCUUCCCGAAAAAUUAAAGCACAUCAUGUCUUCCUCCAGUUCAUCCUCAAAUGGUACCAAUGGUCAGUCUCAAUCAGCACCAAAGAGGAUAAAGUUCCUAAUAUCCAGCUCUGUGAGUCCUCUGACAAAAAUGGGGGCGAUAACCAACUAAGCAACAUCCCUUUGCCGGUACUUGCAGCUGAGUUGCAACGUCGGUUUUUGAACCAACAAAUGAUGGCAAAUCUGGCUCAAAACCAGCAGCAGCAGCAUGGUGUACCACCUGGCUGUCAAGGUGCAAAUACUGUGAUGGCCUCCUUGGAUGUCGAGCCUUCAUUUGAUAACUUCCCUUAUUAUAUAAGUAAAGAAAUAGAAUAUGAACUGGUCAGCUCACAUUUCCUACAUAUGAAGAACAAAAGCCAGCAUAGUAAGGCCAAGCGUCAGCGUACCGAUCAUAAACUCUUGUUGUGGGGUCCAAAUGGUUCAGACAUCUAUCAAGAGACUCUAGCGAUGGCACUUGCCCUGCACUCUGGGGCCAAGCUUCUUGUACUCGACUGUCAAUUGAAUCAAAGCGACUUGCCUGCUUUUGGCAAUGUGGGUAGUAGUGCCUUGAGAUUCGAAGCCAAACAAUUGAAGUGUACAACUGUGCCUACAAAUGGAGUCUCACUGUCAGCUCCCAAAAAAUCUAAAAAUCAGAUUCUGAAGAUAGGUGAUAGAGUGAUUUAUACAGGACUCAAGAAUCAAAUCAGCUCAACCCUGGCCAGGAAGGGGCCCGCUUUUGGAAUGCGUGCAAAAGUUGUUUGCUUUGAGAAAAAACCCAAAAAAGUGGGCGUGAGGUUUGAUUUUCCUAUUUCCGAGGGGACAAACCUCGGGGGUCUAUGUGAAGAACACAUGGGGUUUCUUUGUGAUGAGAAUGAACUCUCUAGUGAUGUGGAUGAUCAAGUCAAGCCCCCAUCUACAGCAUUUCAGGGUUUCCCUGUGGAGAACAAAUUGAUCUUAUUUAUGAAGAAUGCCGCAUCUUGUGCGGUAGAAAAUGGUGAAGCUUUAUCAGGGAUAGUCAGCUUGAUCAAUAGACUUCCCGACAAUAUCUUUUUGAUCGUAUCACAUGUUCAAAAGGAGUUCAAGGCUAACUUUGAUGGGAGAAUAGAAAAAGCGCAGAUGUUUCAGCAAGCGUUCAUGACUUUGUGGAAAUGCUUUUCAUUUAAAAUUAGUAUCCAGAUGCCUAAGGACAAGAAGCUUUUUGAUGUGCUGAAAAACCAGCUGGAUAGAGAUGCUGAACUCUUAAGAACGAGAGAAAAUAUUUAUCGGCUUCAGCAGGCUCUAUUUAAGCAAGACUUGGAAUGCCAAGGCAUAGAGACAUUGAAAGUGGAAGGCCAAAACCUUACAAAUGAGGAUGCUGAAAAGGUGGUCAAGUGGGCUCUAGGACGGGAAAUAAUGGUGCGUCCCCCAAUUCACAGUCGCGUGAAGUUUGCAUUGUCUAGAGAAAGUCUACUCGAUGCAUUGAACAAUUUGCGUGCUGCUCAGACUGGCUGGAAUGAAUCCGGAAAAUCUCAUAAGGACAUCACACCUGAAAAUGAAUAUGAGAAAAGAGUGUUGGAAAAUAUCAUCCUUCACGACAAAAUUGGUGUAACGUUUGAUGAUAUCGGAGCCCUUGAUAACAUCAAAGAUGCCCUCAAGGAGAUUGUGAUUCUCCCUUUGCAGAGGCCCGAAUUGUUCUGCAAGGGGCAGCUGACGAAGCCUUGCAGGGGUAUACUUUUAUUUGGCCCUCCUGGUACGGGGAAAACUAUGCUUGCCAAGGCCCUUGCCACUGAAGCUGGUGCAAAUUUCUUCAACAUUUCUCUAUCCAGUAUAAACUCAAAGUGGUAUGGAGAUUCUGAGAAAUUUGUGAGUGCUAUCUUCUCACUAGCAAGAAAGUGUGCCCCAAGCGUUUUGUUCAUUGAUGAGGUUGAUAGCAUUUUCGGGAAAAGAAAUGAUUACGAGCACGAAUUGACUCGCAAGAUAAAGACCGAGUUCAUGUUGAAUUGGGAUGGCUUGCUUACCAAGGAUACGGAGAGGGUUCUCGUUCUUGCUGCCACAAACAGACCUUUCGACCUUGAUGAUGCUGUAAUUAGAAGAAUGCCUCACAGAUUCAUGGUAGAUUUACCCGACGCCAGUAACAGAUCUAAGAUACUAAAAAUGAUACUGGCAGAAGAAAACCUGUCGGACAAUGUUGAUUUGAACGCCAUUGCUGACAUGACUAAUGACUUCUCUGGCAGUGAUCUCAAGAAUCUCUGUGUUGCUGCUGCUUAUGGACCGGUGAGAGAGUUUCUGAAGAAUGAAAAGGACAAAUCUGUAGAAGGAAAGCAAGAUGAACUCCGACCUAUGAACAUGCAGGAUUUCAUACGUGCCCGUGCUGAGAUGAUGGCGAGUGUGUCGAGUCGAUCGAGUAGUGUGGCGGAUGUAAUGCAGUGGAACGAGAUGUACGGAGACGGUAUUUCCCGGUCGGCCGCACCUGAUCCUCUCCCCAGCUAUUUCAUAUGA